UCUCUCCUUCUUCACUAAGAAAAUUGUGACCCUUUUCAUGACCCUUCGUGAGCUACAUAUUAAGCAACAAGCCUCACUUUCUUGAUCACUCAUCUGAAGAUCACAAAAUAUCUACCACACCCACAUAGCCAAUUUGAAAGAAAAAGAAGCUUAGAGAGAGAGAGAGAGAGAGGAGAGAGAGAGAGAGAUGGGUGCUGAUUGGGGACCAGUGGUUGUGGCAGUUGUGCUGUUCAUAUUGCUAUCACCAGGGCUUCUAUUCCAAGUGCCAGCAAGAACAAGAGUGAUGGAGUUUGGUAACAUGAAUACAAGUGGUAUAGCUAUUUUGGUUCAUGCCAUUAUAUACUUCUGCAUACUCACCAUCUUGGUCGUUGCAAUUGGUAUUCAUAUACAUGUAAACUGAUCCCAUCGUAUAAUUUAUAUUUUAUACUAUUGGGGUUUUUCCU